CCUGGCGCAGGCGGAACUGCACCUGCGCGAAGUGCGAGGACAGCGCGAGCAGGGCCGAGUCCAGCUGCCGCCGCUCGGCUUGCAGUCGCCGCAGCGCGCGGACCGUCGCGUCCGGAGGAGAGCCCCGAGCCGCUCCAGGCUCCUCGGCUGCCGCCGCCGCCGCCUCCUCCGAGAACGCCGCCGCCCCGGGCCCGGCCUCGGCCACCGCGCCCACUGGGGCCCAGCGCACUGCCUCGCAUGGUGGCAACGACUCCUCCUCCUCCUCCUCUUCCUCUUCUUCGUCCUUUGCCUUUGGCCCGAAGGUCGUCACCACAGUUGCCUGCUCGGUAGCCACUUCCACGGCCGCCAUCUUCCCGGAAACGCCGCCGCACGUCAGUCGCGCCCCCUUGCUGCCAUGACAACGGGCGCUGGCAGGGAAGCCUGGAGGGGCGGUGGGCGGGGCCUGCACGCCUCCAGUCUCCCGAGGGCCCGCCCUCUGGAGUCGACUUUAGUGCAUUGUGAAUUAGACUCUACAGGAGAACUUAGGGUUGGAGGAAACCAAUGAACGAGGCCGAGGAUAACUAAUUUCCUGCCUAUAGGGUCUAGGGUAGCCCUUUCCCUGGCCAGAGAGGGUGAAUGUAUUCCUGAUCCGUAUAUUUCUGGAGACCCGGAGAGGUAAAGGGAUGCAGUAAACUCUCCCAGAGUCCCCCUGGAGUGCAGAUCACUUUCGCUGCCAGGCCACCUUUCCCAUCCUCUCAAGCCUCACCCCUUCCAAAUAAGGAGAGGCAGCUGCUAGGCGCGCCCCUAGGAUCUAAAGAUAGAGGCCCUUGCCUGGUUCUCCAAAAGCCACAGGGCAGCUGGAGCCACCAUGGAACGGCAGCACGCCCGGACCCUGUGGUACGACAGACCCAAAUAUGUUUACAUGGAGUUUUGUGUUGAGGACAGCACCGACGUGAGUGUACUCAUUGAAGAUGACCGCAUUGUGUUCAGCUGCAGGAACGGUGACGGAGUGGAGCUGUACAACGAGAUUGAGUUCUAUGCCAAGGUGAACUCCAAGGAUUCCCAGGAUAAGCGCUCUGGUCGCUCUAUUACUUGCUUUGUGAGGAAAUGGAAGGAGAAGGUGGCUUGGCCACGGCUCACCAAGGAGGAUAUCAAGCCCGUGUGGCUCUCUGUGGACUUUGAUAACUGGAGAGACUGGGAAGGAGAUGAUGAGGUGGAACUGGCUCAGGUGGAGCAUUAUGCAGAGCUUUUGAACAAGGUCAGCACUAAGAGACCUCCCCCUGCCAUGGAUGAUCUGGAUGAUGAUUCUGACAGUGCAGAUGCAAUGACUGAUUAGCCUUGUGAGACAGCAGAGCUGGGGAAGAGCCUGUAGCUCUCUUCAGCGUGACAGGCCGCCGUCACCAACGAUUUUGUUAUGCAUUAAGAUCCACUGAGACCUUGGAACUUUUCCAGAAGCUCUUUUCUUUCUUUCUUUUUCUUUUUUAAGAUAGGGUUUCACUAUGUAG